AUGAUAUUAUCAUUAGGUAUCAAUGCAAUUUUUGAUAUUGAAGAAGAAGAUAUGGAUAUUAGCGAUGACAGUGACAAUAAAAUUGAUUAUGCACUUGACAGAAUAUUUGAUGCGACAGAUAGUGCUGGCCAAAUAUGGGAGACAGUAGACAACGAUAAUACAACAGAAGAAGGAUCACCAGAAACAGAAAGAUCUAAAACUUAUAAUCUCUUGGUUGAAGAAUAUGUAGAAUGGAUUAAAAAUCUUGAAAAAGCAGAACUUAGUUAUAUCAAACAUAACUGUCGGGCACAAAUUGGUACAAGAAAAAAAAAUCAAUGA